UCCUUUUCAUCUGGUGGCCCCAGCGUGACAAGCUGCCGCUAAGGAAGCCCCGGUCGGGAGCAGAAGAGGAGGCAUCAGCAGGAUGGCCUCGGCAAGUCGCUCCCUUCCCGGGCCUCAUCUGCCUAACGAUCAUCUCCUCCUCCGAAGUUGUAUGCAUGAAAGGCGAGUGGAAACUUCACGAAAACGAAGGCGAUUGAGACACCACAGAAGGAACCGCAUCCUUCCGGAGUCUUACGAAAAUAGUAAGUUUGAAAAAAAAAAAAAUGCAGGGAAUUCCCUCGCUCCCUCAUCACUGAGAACUCUCCUAAGGAAAAGAGCAUCUCCCGGGCGGGGCCGAGUCCGGGCGGCCGGCUUAGGAUGCUCCCACGCUCCCCGACCCCCAAACCCCAGGACCCGCAGGACCCCCGGAGAAACGCCUGCCAGCUCGCCCGGAGCCACGCGGCACAAGGUGACACGGACCGCGCCGCGCCGGCCCCUCAGCCGCCUGGGGGAGGCCGGGAGCAGGGAGAGGGGCGUCCACCGGCCCGCGCUACCUUGUACUUAUCAAAGCCAGCCAGCUGCUCCGGGCUCACGUAUUCGUAGCCAGCCAUGACGACCCGAAAACCGAGCACCCACUCGGCAGCGACUCUCGGCUAGGAGGCGGUGACACGCGAGCAGCACACCGGCUGGGCAAGGCUGGGAAGGACUGGGCUGCCGGAGAAGGGACAGAGUCAGGCUGGAGGGGAAUCUGGAUCGGGGCCGCUCCUGGACCAAGAGAGUGAAGCAGAGGAAUCAGUGCUGGUCUCCGUCUAUGUACAUCUGGACUUUUCAGAUAAGACCUGGCCCCCUGCGGUCUCCAGGACCCUGGCUCUCCCUGCUGCCUCGGCUUCCUCUGCUCCAGGGCCUCUUCUCACUGGCCUCAGACUCACAACAGGUGAGUACAUGAGCUGCUUCGAGGCCCAGGGCUUCAGGUGGAGCCUGCACAAGGUGGUGAAGGUGCCCUUGAAGGCGACAGAUGUGGCUCGACUUCCAGACCGGCUGUCCAUCUCCUGUCCCUCCCCUGGCUUCCAGCUGAGCUGUUGCAUCCCCAGCACAAACCUGAUCUACACUGCGGCCUGGAGCCCUGGAGAAGGCAGCAGAGCCUUCUCCUUCAACGCGUCAGGCUCUGCGUGCUUUAUGCUGGCAGUUCAGCGCUGCCCGGCAGCCAACACCAUGUAUACUUGUGACCUGCAGAGCCCAGGCCUGGCUCCACUCAGGGUCCCCAUCUCCAUCACCAUCAUCCAGGAUGGUGACAUCACCUGUCCUGAGGACUCCACGGUGCUUACCUGGAAUGUCACCAAAGCUGGUCACGUGGCACAGGCACCAUGUCCUGAGGGCAAGAGGGGCACAGUGAGGCGGCUCUGCAGGCCUGAUGGAGUCUGGGGGCCCAUUAACAGCAGCUGCACAGAUAUGAGGCUCCUGGCCUUGUUCACUAGCGCCAAGCUGCUGCAGGCAGGCCAGGGCAGGCCUGCUGAGGAGGUGCCACAGAUCUUGGCACAGCUGCCAGGGCAGGCGGCAGAGGCAAGUUCACCCUCCGACUUACUGAUCCUGCUGAGCACCAUGAAAUACCUAGCCAACGUGGUGGCAAAGGCCAGAAUACAGCUUGACCGCAGUGCCCUGAAGAAUCUCCUGAUUACCACAGACAAGGUCCUAGACAUGGAUACAGGUUCUCUGUGGACCCUGGCCCAAGCCCGGAAGCCCUGGGCGGGCUCGACUCUCCUCCUGGCGGUGGAGACCCUGGUGUGCAGCCUGCGCCCGCAGGACCAGCCCUUCGCCUUCAGCUUGCCCAAUGUGCUGCUGCAGAGCCAGCUGUUCGGACCCGCGUUUCCUGCUGACUACAGCGUCUCCUUCUCUACUCGGCCUCCGCUGCAGGCACAGAUUCCCGGGCACUCCCUGGCCCCACUGGUCCAUAAUGGAACCGAAAUAAGUAUUACUAGCCUGGUGCUGCAAAAACUGGACCGCCUUCUGCCCUCAAACUAUGGACGAGGGCUGGGGGGUUCCCUCUAUGCCACUCCCGGCCUGGUGCUUGUUAUUUCCAUCACGGCAGGCGGCCGGGCCUCCAGCCAGGGAGAGGUCAUCAUGGACUUUGGGAACAUGGAUGGGUCCCCUCACUGUGUCUUCUGGGAUCACAGUCUCUUGCAGGGCAAGGGGGGUUGGUCCAAAGAAGGGUGCCAGGCACAGGCGGCCAGUGCCAACCCCAGCACUCGGUGCCUCUGCCAGCACCUCACUGCCUUCUCCCUCCUCAUGUCCCCAUACGCUGCUCCGGAAGAACCUGCCCUGGCGCUGCUGACUCAGGUGGGCCUGGGGGCUUCCAUCCUGGCGCUGCUCGUGUGCCUGGGUGUGUACCGGCUGGUGUGGAGAGUCGUGGUGCGGAACAAAGUCGCCUACUUCCGCCACGCCGCCCUGCUCAACAUGGUGCUCUGCUUGCUGGCUGCUGACACCUGCUUCCUGGGCUCCCCCCUGCUCCCUCCCGGGCCCCGCAGCCCGCUCUGCCUUGCUGCUGCCUUCCUCUGUCAUUUCCUCUACCUGGCCACCUUUUUCUGGAUGCUGGCGCAGGCCCUGGUGUUGGCCCACCAGCUGCUCUUUGUCUUCCACCAGCUGCCCAAGCACCGAGUUCUCCCACUGAUGGUGCUCCUGGGCUACCUGUGCCCACUGGGGUUUGCGGGUGUCACCCUGGGGCUCUACCUCCCUCAAGGGCAGUACCUGAGGGAGGGGGAAUGCUGGCUGGAUGGGAAGGGAGGAGCGUUCUACACCUUCGUGGGGCCAGUGCUGGCCAUCGUAGGCGUGAAUGGGCUGGUACUAGCCAUGGCCUUGCUGAAGUUGCUGAGACCUUCGCUGUCAGAGGGACCCCCGGCGGAGAAGCGCCAAGCUCUGCUGGGUGUGAUCAAAGCCCUGCUCAUUCUCACACCCAUCUUUGGCCUCACCUGGGGGCUGGGCCUGGCCACUCUGUUAGAGGAAGUCUCCACGGUCCCUCAUUACAUCUUCACCAUUCUCAACACUUUCCAGGGUGUCUUCAUCCUAUUGUUUGGUUGCCUCAUGGACAGGAAGGUACAAGAAGCUUUGCGCAAACGCUUCUGCGGCGCCCAAGCCCCCACCACCACCAUCUCCCUGGCCACAAAUGAAAGCUACACCUUGGAACACAGCAAAGGAAGAAGUGACACUGCCAGGAAGACAGAUGCUUCAGCGUGAACCACACACAGAGCCAUGUUCCUGCAAGGGAGUUGAUGCUGUGU